AUGAUACCACAAUUGUUGAAUGUGAUCGGGGUCGAAUUAGCCACUGCCAACAAUACAGCCAAACAAAUAAACUUUUCUCAGAAUAUCAAUAGGAUUCUUGAUGAUGUACUGCAAAAUAUCUGCUUCUCUAAGAAAACGGCCAACAAUUACCAACAAAUCCAACUCCCGGUGCAAAGUAUUAACAUCCGAAUCAAUGAUACGACCGGCCAUUUGCCCCACAAAUGCCCCGUUUGUGUCGACCGGCGACUACUCCAGCACUAUAUGGCCAGAGGCUGUACACCCGUUAUUAAAGGUGGCUGCGAGUGCCCCGACCGGUACGAGUGCCCGUCCGGUGCCUUCGUCUCGGCCCCCAUUAUUCGUAUAGCUGAUGACUGCCUCUGGAAGGACCAGUCGUACCGCUCGGGCGACACUUUCAUUGAUGAGGAGGCCUGUCGUGUGUGUCAGUGCGGAACCGACAGCCAGAACGUGGACUGUAAGCCACUCGUCGACUGUCCCGAUGUGUCCACACUUAUGAAUAUCACUCAAUGCUUUCGGUAUAACAAGUGUUGUCCGAAACUCAACUGUUUUGCAAACAUCUUAUGGAAAAGCAAUACAAAAGUUUGCAAAUAUAAGGGACGAGAGUAUCGGUUGGGCGACCGGAUUGAGACCGACGACCGGUGCCUGUCGUGUGUGUGCGACGAGCGUUGGGACGACGACCGACAUGUCAGCACUUGUCGGCCCAUUGAAUGUGAUUUGCGGACAAAUAAACAGAUAAGACAGGGCUGUACUCCGGUAUAUGACCGGAACCAGUGCUGUCCCGUAGACUAUACUUGUCCAAACCGGAAUCGUCACAGAAUCCGGGGCCUAGAGUCGGGUUCCCUGAUGUGUGAGUUUGAAGGCCGUAAAUACCCGCUCCGAUCGCACCUGUAUUCUGGCAAUAAGUGUCACAAGUGCUUGUGUCAAAUACCCCCGCAAUUCACGUGCACUCAAUCAAGACUAUUGCGAAAGAGGGAUGAAUUAAAUCAACAGAUUGUGGCAAAAGUCGAGAGAAUUAAUCUCAAAGACUUCGGUAUCGAUCGGCAAACGAAACGCGAGAUCGAGAGACAGUCACCGGCUGUUCAACGGGAAGGGGAGCCCAAGUGGUGGCCAAACCGCGAACCGGUGGACAACACCGGCCGCCGGCCAUUGCCGUAUCCGAGAGCCAAUCCAAGCUCAUCGUCGGCCACCAGUGACCGCUACUUUAGAGGCCAACGGGUGGCCAGUCGUAGGGAUCGGGCGUUUGUCACCUACGAGGGCGAUGAGUAUCCGCCGCCCACUCCGGACAUACCGUCGCCCAUAGACUGGUCGGCCAGUCCUCAACGCGUUGGCCUUCAAGUGGAGCCCCGGGUGGCCGCCAGACGUGCCUUCAACUUCUCACAACAGCCGACCCCCACUUCCCGACCAAAUCAGUCCAAACCCACCGCCAAUUGUACGCAGAAAUGUGUGGACAAUAAAUAUCUUAAGCAUUACUACGAGAGACAAUGCGAACCCCUUAUGGACUACCAGUGCCGCUGUCCCAUAGCUUUCCAGUGCCCCGAUAUUACUCCAAACACAACCGUGUGUCAAUUUGGUGGCCGAGUAUUUCCUGUGGGAUCGCGAAUACCGGUGCAGAAUCCGUGCCGUAUCUGCGAGUGCCGUGACUUUGGCCGCACUCGGGGUCAAGUGAUGGCCGAAAUAGACUGCGGAGUGGGUAUCGAGUGUCCGGAGGAGGCGUUUGGCCUCAAACCGGAGCCCAACUGUUAUUUUGCGUAUGAGAGGGACCGGUGUUGUGGGCGUCAGGUCUGCGCCAACACUACCCGGACCCAAAACCAACCCAAACGGGACGACAAGGUGUGCACAUAUGGGGGCCGACAGUACAGACGGGGAGAGAGGAUAUAUCCGGAUGAGGAUAACUGCAAGAUAUGCCACUGCGAUGAGCACUGGGACGACUCCCACCCCCUCAACACCCUGUCCUGUCAUCGACAUCAAUGUGAAUUACAGUUGAACAGGGAUUUCGCCCAAGGUUGUUUACCCAUCUACCACGAGGGGAGCUGUUGUCCCAUUGAGUACAAGUGCCCCCAAACCAGUGAAAAACGCAGUGUUUUGUCCAUAUAUUCGGGACACGAUUUGAAACAGUGUUGGUUUGAUGGCCGCAACUAUACGGUCGGCCAACGACUGGUCACUGGAAACCCGUGCGUCUCGUGUGAGUGCAAAGCGCCGCCCGAUUUCACGUGCGUUCAGAAGUCAUGUCCGACUCCUAAACACAACUGUUAUGUCGGGAAAUGGGAUAACAGUGUCUGUUGUCAACACUACACGUGUUCGCCAACACUAGACUAUAAUUAA